UCUCUACACGUUUGCAGCAGAGAACGGCUAUGGACGGUCGGCAGGCCCAUCCGGGAAGAUUCGAACCGCAUUUCGAACCGCCUCCCUUCCCGCCCUCUCCUCCGCCUCGUCUCGCCUCCCUCCUCUCCCCUGCCCUAACCCUAACCCUAAACCUGUCCUCUUCCUCCUCCUCCCCCUCCUCCGAACCCCUCCCUUCUCCCUCCGCCGCUUCUCUUCGUCCCCUCCGAGGGACAACGCGACCUCCUCCUCCUCUUCCUCGUAUUCUCUUCCUUUCAUGGAGAAGCAGUUCGAGGACUUCCGCCACCAGCUCGACGAGUCCGGGAGCGUCCGCGAGCGGAUCCGCUCGGUGGUGAUGGAGAUGGAGGCCGCCGCUCGACUCGUGCACUCCAGCCUCCUCCUCGUCCACCAGUCCCUCCCCGUCCUAGAGGUUUUGGAGAAGACGAAGCUUCAGAUUGAGGUGAUCAAGGGCCUCUUCGGUCGGCUCGCCGAGAUCCUUAGAGAGCGCCCAGAUCAAUAUUACAGGUACCAUGGGGAUUGGAGAAGUGAGACUCAAACAGUGGUUUCGCUGCUUGCGUUUCUGCAUUGGUUGGAGACAGGGAGCCUUCUAAUGCAUACUGAGGCCGAGAAGAAACUUGGAUUGGAUUCUUCAGAAUUUGGUCUAGACAUUGAAGAUUAUCUCAUUGGAUUAUGUUUCAUGUCUAAUGAGCUGCCUAGAUAUGUAGUAAAUCAAGUCACAGCCGGUGAUUACGAUUGCCCAAGAAAGGUGCUCAAGUUCUUAACUGAUCUUCAUGCCGCCUUUAGGAUGCUCAACCUAAGAAAUGACUUUCUGCGAAAGAAAUUUGAUGGAAUGAAGUAUGAUCUGAGAAGAGUUGAAGAGGUCUACUAUGAUGUCAAGAUCCGAGGUCUUGCCUCUACAGAAUCGACGCAAGAUGAAACAGCUCAAGCUUGAUGGGUCGGUACGGCUGCCAAGUCCUGAUUGUUAGAGAUGGUUGCUUUCUUACCUUCUGUAUUCUGUUUUGUUCUUUUUAACCCAACCUGGACUGUCCUGAGUAUGUGUUGUGUUGUUUUGUUCGAUUUAAGUUAUGGUGAAAAUGCUCAGAUCUAGGGAGAUGAGAAUAACUAAUGGUGAAUUAGCGGGGUUAUAAUGUUGGUUACUAAUCAUUUUGUGCUACUCCAAAUAGAAUAAUCCUCUACCAGGGAUGUCAGAGGAUCAGGUUUGGUUUGGUUUUUGAAAAA